GCGCGGCCGGCGGGUGCUCCCUGAGGGAGGGCAGCGGCCGCCGCCAUUUGAAAAGUCCCUGUAGGGGAACGGCACCGCUUGUAUGUGGCUGGGCCCUUAGUUUCUGUAACCAGGUUAACGCUUCGCCUCGCCUUUUUUUUGUUUUCUUUCUGAGCUAAAUCCUCCAGCGGUCUGAAAAAAAUGCGGUUCCGUUCGAGUGGGACUGGUACCACGUGCGUUUUUAACCGAGGAGUAUCGUGGCACUGGAGUGACGUUGCAGGUUUCGGGCAACUCCGGAAAUACACGUGUGAAGAACCGGCGGGUUUCGUCCUGUUCUUGCAGCUUGGAAACUGUCCCGAGAAACUUCCAACAUCUCUUCUCCACGUGAAAUAUAUACACGGGCCCUGGCAGGUUCACAACUCGGGCAUGAUGCAACCAUGUACUAAGUGUAAGUUAGCAGAGUAAGGAAUUCAAUGCUUUUGACACUCAGGCUUCUUGUCUUACUCUGCCGUUCAUCAUGGGUCAGAAUGUUUUUGUGGCACCAUCAUAAUUAAAGGCUGACUUUGAAAUCCAAAGAAAUUAAAUUUUUGUAAUUAAAAAAGUGUUGAGACAAAAAUUAUGCUCUGCCAGCUGGCUUUUUAAAGAGUGAUACAAAUAUUGGAUAGGAUUCCCGGGAUUCUUUUGGCGCUAAAGAGUACCUCAUUAAAUUUUCCAACACCAGUCAAUGAGAAUAUAUGGCAUUUCAAACACCGUCUUAUAGUGGAAUUUGCCAUCUCACCUUACAACAAGAAUUAAUCAUCUUUUUCCAGAAAGAGUCUUCUAGUUCAAGAUUCAGUUGUAAUACUGUGAGUGGGCUGUCAAGUGGAAAGAAGAAAAUACUUUCUGAAAACUUUUAAGUGGUCAUUUCACAGUAUUUUAACUCUUCCGAGAAUCUCAACCCUUUUCUGAGAUAUGCAAAGACAACAUAACUGGGUGAACGUACCCUGAAACAUAGGCUUAAAGUUCUGGUUUGUGCUGUUCACCAGGGUAUCCCACUACGAUCCGCAAGUUAAUGUUCUAUCUACAUCAUGGAAAAGCCUUUGCUUUUAUAUAUAUUUUUACUCUACUGGCAUUUCCUAAAUGCUUUAUUCACAGUUGAAGCUCCCCAGUCACUCUACACUGUGGAACAUGGUAACAAUGUGACCAUGGAAUGCACGUUUCCAGUGAAUGGGAAAUUAAAGUUUGGAGAUUUAAGUGUCAGCUGGGAAAAGAAAGAUAAGUUAAAGAAGCAGGUUUAUGUACUUCUUAAAGGAGAGGAAGACUUCGAAAGUCAGCACAGUGACUUUAGGGGAAGAAUAAAAUUGUUAAAGGAGAAUCUGAACUUGGGACAGUCUCUUCUUCAGAUCACUGAUGUGAAGCUCAGAGAUGCAGGGUUUUACCGCUGUCUUAUUGGCUACGGGGGAGCCGACUACAAGACAAUUAAUCUGAGAGUUAAGGCUCCUUAUAGAACCAUAACCCAAGGAGUGGUGAGCACAGGAGGCAACAAAUGGAAGUUGACAUGUCAGUCAGAAGGAUAUCCACAAGCUGAAGUGAUAUGGCAAAACAGAGAGUAUGAAGAUUUGACUGAUAAGGCAAACACAAGUUAUGAAACUGGAAGUGACCAGCUGUAUCGUGUGACAAGUACCCUUACAAUCAAAAGUAGAACUGAUGAGAUUUUUUACUGUAUAUUCUGGAACAAAGAGCUGCAAGAAAAUACAUCUGCGGUUUUACACAUAGCAGAUUCAGCUGAUGGUGUUCUGUGGACUGAGAGCAGACGUUUUGUUGGAGCAAUUCUCAUUGUGACUGCUUUCUUUGGAUCAGUGCUUCUAGUUAUGCUCUGCCUUAGAAAAGCUAGAGCAAAUAAGGACAACAGAACACCUGUGGCUACUUCAUCAACAGCAAAGCUGUCACAAGAUAAGGAUACAUAUGACUGCAGAGAUGCUUCUUUUGAAGACAAAGAGCUGAAAUGUAAGUAUAAAUGAUAAAGGGAAAAAUAGUAACAAAUUGCACACAGCAUAAAUCAUCCAUGGUCAUCAGAGCCUUCAUUCAUGGCUGAUUUGUUUAGUCCCUUGUUUCAACAGACAGAGUCUUCAAGAGAAGUACAGCCUCCCAUUCUCUGUCUUACAAACUCACCAUCAUAGCUCAUUGUGUACUGGGAGUUGUAUCAAAUAAUUAAUCUGGUUUAAAAAAGAAAAAGAAAAGCCAUGCGAAGGAAAAUGUGAUGUGGAGAUAUGUAACAACCCAAAUUAGUCUUUUCUCUAGCUCGCACUUUUGCUACAGAAACAGUUGUGCCAGCACAACUGAAGGAGUGGUGAUGGCAAUGGGGAGGGAGACCUUAACCCAUCAUGGCCACUCGAGCAAGUCUGAAGCUGUGAGAUUCUGUCUCAGCAAAGAAAGAAAAUAAAUGACCGAAUCUCUGAAAUCUCUGAAACAUACUGUGGUGUGGAACAGAAGGGUGAAGUUAUUGAAGUUUUUCUUUCAUGUUCUUGCUGAGUUCUAAAGCAGUUAUAUUAAUUACAUCCCAAAUCCCUCCCUGCUACACUUUAGUGUAGUAAACAUAAACAAAGGUAAGCCUGCUGGUCCCGCAGGUAGAGAUGUCCAAGUCAAGGAGUUAAGGCCUGGGGAUAUGCUGCUAGGGGUACCACCAGAUAGAGCACUGAAUGUAUUUGAAAGACUUUAAAAGAAGAUUUUAAAAGAAUGGGGGACCUAAGCCACAGCAAUUUCACUGUAUUUGCUAAAGAGUGCUUCCCGCCAGUGUGUUUGAACUACCACUUUAUUUCCUCCCAUGAUCAUCAUCUCUUUCUAUUUGGCCUUUUAAGUAAUUUCAUUUUAGAUCUUUAAUUUUGACAAUGAAGGAAAUUUUUUUGUUACUUCCAAACUCUAGGAAAGAGUCCCAAAGCCAUGAACUGUUUUGUGACUUCAUCAUUUUGUAAUUUGAUAAUUUAUUCAUGUAAUUCUUCCUUUUACAGAUAUGCAAAUUGAGAAGACCUAGAGAAAGCAGGGGAAGCUUUUUUCCUCUGUGGUGAAAGUUUGACAGCUCAGAUGUUCUGUGUUCUGUCUGUUAAGGGGAUAUUUUUUUAAUUUCUGUUCUGCGAUGGCAAUCUUCUUCCAUAUUGUUGUAACUCAGGAAAAACUGCAGUGAAUUUAAUAGAAUUAUUAUAGUGUAAAAAGUCCUUGAAUUCAGGCUUCUGUGUAUGUGACUAGGUUUGGAGGUAUUUAUUUAAAUAUCCAAGUUUCUGCUUUCUCAAGUUUAUGCAAUGUCAAAGACACGUCAAAAAGUUCUUUUAAGGUAAAGCACUUUAGGUCUAUGACCAUCAUGAAUUUCAUAGCUAGUUCUUGAAUAGGCCACCUUCUGGGCUUUCUUUUUUUCUUUUUUUUUUUUUUUUCCCCACCUGAGCUCUCAGUUCCUUGCAGAGAUUUUGUUUUGCAGCUUUCAAACAGUUUUUUCAAUACUUUGAUCCUCAUAAAAGAUAAGGGUGCAGUAAGACAAGAUGCCGUACAGACAGGGCAAUUUCUGUCCUUACUGUAGAUCUUAAAAUACUGGAUACUCACAGCUAAGCCUGAAAUAGAUGCUGUAACCCUCUUGGCAACUAUGGCUAGGCAAUUAUUAGAUAAUACUGAUCUUCUUGGUCUCUUUCUCUGAAAAGUGUUUUGGGAAUUUAAUUUCCUUGUGAUAUAGCUGGCACUACUUGGUUACCGCUCAUUACUAUUCUGAUUUACCAUUUGGGGAUAGUGCAACGCUUUGGACAUUCUGGAAGAAUGGCUCUUGAUUUGGACUGCCUUUUUGUUUAUCUUGGGAACAGAAGAAAGAGAACCUUCUCACUUCUAGGACAUGAAAUAAAUGCUCAUGUGAUUACUUAAGAAAUGCUGAGGGAACAUGCUCCUGGAUACCAUUUCUUAAGCUAUUGCCUUGUUACAUUUUGCUAGGUGCAAAAUAGCUUUUUUUUUUUUUGGUCAUACACAGAUGAAAAUUAUUUAUUACAAUGCUAUUCACAGUUAUAUUUUUUUAAUAAAAUAUGUUGUGUUUUU